CUUUUUGCUUCUUUCGAGUGAGCUUGAUGUUGUCACCACAUCUAUCUCAUUCAUCACUCAACUGUCCUUGUACAAUUGUGUUGUGUGGACCAUGAUGAUGAAAUUGUCUCUGGUUCUGCUGGCCCUUUCGGCUGUUUCAUACAGCACUGCCUUUUUGGUUCCUCCUGCUGCGCGUCACCAUGAGACCGUGUUGAAGAAUGGCAUGGACGCCUAUGAUGCCCAAAUGAGGGCUUUGGCGGCAGGUCAACCCAUUGCCGUCGGAGGCAAUACGGCACCCGCCACGGCACCAGCUCCAGCUCCUGCGCAACCAGCCAUGCAAGCAUCUACUUCUGCUGCAUCUGCUGGUGAUCCCAUUGCCACUCUGGAGGCAUCUCAAAAGGCCACUGUCGACGCCAUUGCCGCGGCCAUUCCCGACUUGGUAGCCAAACCGGAUCUUUCCUUUACUGGAGAAACCAUUGCCGGAUCUGCGGCCGCUCUGGAUGGACGAGAUGCCGUGGGAAAUUCCAACGUCGCAUGGUUGGCAUCCCUCACCGUCGCGAACAAGGAAUCCUCCUUGACCAUUUUCAAUGGUCCUCUCACCAAUGUCCCACAUUUGCUCUCGCGAUGCUGUCUGGUGGGGGGCGACGCAAUGCAAUUCGUCUUGGACUUUCGACCACGAGCGUAUGGAGCCUACGAAAUGAAAGAUGCCCAAGGAAACUAUCCCGGUCCGGAAGAAUUGGGACGGCAAGCCUUUGAAUAUUCCGGCAAUCGCAUGGAAUUCUUUAACAAUUUUGGAACGGACGAAGUACAGGCAUUUUUGGAAUCGACCAAGGCAUCUUUCCAAGGUGCUGUGGAAGAUAUGUCCAAUCAGAAUAAUGAACUGGAUAUGCUGACCAAAGGACCGUUGGUUCUCGCAUUGACCAUGCCAGCGACCGAUGCCAAUGUUGCUGCCGUCGCGGCCGCACGAGAACAGGCCGCCAACUAUUGGUUGACGUGGGCAUUGGACGGGGCCUUUCAACACCGACCGGGAGCACCCGUCAAUACACAAUAUGUAUACGAUACCAAGUACAAGCAAAACUGUUAUGGAGCCUUGCUCCCUGUGUACUCGGCGUUGUAUGGUCCCGACGACGGGGCCAAAUUGACGGCGGCAGUUUCCGGUCCUUUGGACGAAGCCUAUGUGGGUGGUGGCAGUUAAUAAAAGAAAUAAAUUACCAGUAGCAGACUGCAUUGGAAAAGUAAUAUACAUAAUAUGAGAGAACUACUGGUGAACAAACAGGUUGACUGGUCCUUAUAAAAUACCUUUCCAUGGAAAGACAGGUCUGUUUUCGGUUCUUCCUAGAGACAUACCGGUAUGAAGAAAGUCCAGGAAUAUCCAUGCAUGCAGCUGGCUAUCUUCUACUCUCCGCUUUGUUUUCCCCUCUGUGGAUAUCUUCUCCCGUGGAUCAGUCAAGCUAGCGAAAUAAACGCACAGCCCGCAAGUUCCCAUUGAACAAGCACACCCCU